AUGGCGGCGGCGGCGGCGACGACGGGAGAAGGUGAGGUCUACCUGGGAUUCGACUUCAGCACGCAGCAGCUGAAGGUGGUCGCCAUCGAUCGGGACUUGAAUGUCAUCCAUCAGAACCAAGUACACUUUGAUUCGCAACUACCAGAGUUCAGGACGGAGGGAGGCGUCCACGUGGGCGAGGACGGUCUAACGGUGACGUCGCCCGCUCUUAUGUGGGUCAAGGCUCUGGACCUCCUGCUGGAGCAGAUGCGGGAAGCGGGCUUCGACUUCUCCCGGGUGCGAGCGUUGUCCGGCAGCGGUCAGCAACACGGCAGCGUGUACUGGAAGAACGGAGCGGGACUCGCCCUUCGCGGCCUUCGCGGAGACCACCGCCUGAGCCGGCAACUCCGGGACUGUUUCUCGGUGCGCGACAGCCCCGUGUGGAUGGAUUCUAGUAGCGGGCGACAGUGCGAGCGCUUGCAAGAGGCGGCGGGGGGCGCCGCCGAGUUGGCGGAAAUCACGGGCUCCAGGGCCUACGAGCGUUUCACAGGGAGUCAGAUUUGCAAAAUGCGUGAGGAGCGACCGCGAGAGUUCGGGGAGACCGAGAGGAUUUCGCUGGUCAGCAGCUUCGCGGCGUCGCUCUUCCUCGGCGAUUACGCCGCCAUCGACUACAGCGACGCUUCUGGGAUGAACCUCCUAGAUAUCAGGAGCAAAAAGUGGAGCCGGGUGUGCCUGGAGGCCGUGUGUCCCGGUCUGGAGCGCCUGCUGGGCGCGCCGUUGCCCUCCGCGUCAGUCCUGGGCGCCGUGUCGCCCUACUGGGUCAACAGAUUGGGUUUCUCGGACAAAUGCUCGGUGGUGGCCUUCACCGGGGACAACCCGGCGUCUUUGGCGGGAAUGAGACUCCGGGAGGGAGACCUGGCCGUGAGUCUGGGGACCAGCGACACCGUCUUCGUGUGGCUGCGGCACGCCCGUCCGGCACCGGAAGGUCACGUCUUCAUCAAUCCCGUCGACUGGCGACAAUUCAUGGCCUUGUUGUGCUUCAAGAACGGAUCUUUGACCCGGGAGCGACUGAGGAACCGCUGCGCCGGAGCGUCGUGGGAAACUUUUUCCGCCGCUUUGAGACAAACUCCCCUGGGAAACGACGGCUACAUCGGCUUUUAUUUUGACGUGAUGGAGAUCACGCCCCCCGCCGUGGGAAUUCAUCUCUUUGACGCGGAGGACGAGGAGGUGUCGUCGCUUAGCGCCGAGGCGGAGGUGCGAGCCCUGGUGGAGGGUCAGUUCCUGUCACGGCGGCUCCACGCCGAACGUCUGGGUUACUCCGUCGUUCCAGGAAGUCGAAUUUUGGCCACGGGGGGAGCCUCGUGUAACAAGGACAUCCUACAGGUCUUGUGCGACGUGUUUAACGCGCCGGUUUACACCAUGGACGUGUCCGACUCCGCUUGCCUCGGUUCCGCAUACAGGGCACUGCACGGGGUAUUGGACCCAUCGGGAGAGUCUUUCUUUGACGUGAUGAGGAAAGCUCCCGAAGCGCGACUCGCCGCCACGCCGCAGCCACGCGCGCAGCAGGUGUACGACGAGAUGCUGCGGCGUUACGCCCGAUUGGAGGAGAUAGUCCUGCGGGAGCUCCGCCUCUAG